ACGUUUAAAUCACGUGAACAAUUAACUUCCGUGUUGAUUUGGUGACAACCCAAAAAAUACACAAGAUUCCAGCUCCCUGAAAUACAGACGUAGCAGUGCUUUAGUAUGGCCGCUGGUGAGACAAUCUCUGAGUCUCUGUUCGUAGCAGCAAUUGACUUUGGUACAACGUUUUCUGGGUAUGCUUUUGGUAAUAGAAGUGAUUACAAGGAUGAUCCAUCCAAAGUAGCCGGUUGUCACUGGAGUACUGGUUCACAACCGGGGCUCUCCAUGAAGACACCUUCGUGUAUUUUGUUUGAUCCAGAAGAAAACUUUGACUCCUUCGGUGGAGAAGCAGAAGAUAAAUACACAGAACUAGCACAAGAGGAAGAACAUGGUGACUGGUAUUUUUUCAGAAGAUUUAAAAUGCAGCUUUAUGAAAAAGAGGAAGUAUCAAAAGACUUCAUGUUGGAAGGAGAAAAUGGUUUACAAAUGCCAGCCAUAAAAGUGUUUGCAGAAAGCAUCAAAUUCCUGCGAACACACUUUGAGGAUCAUAUAAAAAAUAAAGCCGAUGAAAUCAAACCACGGGAUGUAGAAUGGGUGUUGACCGUACCAGCCAUCUGGCCAGAUCCAGCUAAAAAGUUUAUGAAAGAAGCUGCUAAUGCUGGAGGAAUACCCAACAGUCGUCUCAUUUUGGCGUUAGAACCAGAAGCUGCAUCCAUCUACUGUAAAAACUUACCUGUAGACAGAACUCUUUCUAGUGGUGGACGAUCUACUCUCGAUGCGUUUGCUCCGGGGACACAGUAUCUAAUACUGGAUGCAGGAGGUGGAACGGUUGAUAUUACUGUACAAGAAAUAAAAGACGAUGGCGACAUCAAACAGAUAUAUAUGGCCAAUGGUGGAGAUUGGGGCGGAACUAAAGUCGACGAAGCAUUUGACGAAUUCCUGACGGAUAUUGUUGGUUCAGAUACAGUGGACAAAUUCCGGAAGGAUGACAAAGUCGAUUAUCUAGGCCUCUGUAGGGAAUUUGAAGUGAAAAAGCGAAGUAUUCGCCCUGACAGCACAGCUAAAAUAACAAUUCGAAUUCCAUUAAGUUUAAGUGACAGAUUUCAAGAAGUGAAAGGAGUUUCACUGAAAAAUUCCUUCAAAUCAAACAAAUCAAUGUCGUGGGUUGGUGAUAAAUUACGUGUCGAUCCUGACACUGCUAAAAAAUUCUUUGAAGAACCAUGCAAACGCAUUGUUGACCAUCUGAAGGAUUUAUUCCAGGAAGGAGCAGUUGCAGACACAGACAUCAUUUUAAUGGUUGGUGGUUUUUCUGAAUCACAAAUGCUGCAGGAAGCAAUAAAGUCAGCAUUUCAAAACAAAACUGUAAUAAUUCCAGAAGAUGCAGGUCUUGCAGUGCUCAAAGGCGCAGUUCAGUUCGGAUUUAAUCCUAAGGUUAUAAGUCCAAGAAUCAUUCGAUACACUUUUGGAGUGUGUACAAACAUACGGUUCCGUCCACAUACCGACCCCGAAGAAAAGAAACAUAUCACUAAUGAUACAAUGUAUUGCCGGGAUAGAUUUGGAAAGCAUGUUGAGAGAGGAGAGCCUAUUGAUGUAGGGGAGAUAACAAAUACGAAAACAUACAAUCCAUUAAGAGAAAACCAAAGUAAAAUUGAACUUCCUAUCUAUUCUUCUCGUUCUGAAGAUCCACAAUACGUCGACGAAGAAGAUUGUACAUACAUUGGGAAAUUUGAGGUAGAUUUGUCAGAUGUAAGUGGUCCUGAUCGGGAUGUCGAGAUCGGGAUGAGAUUUGGGGGAACUGAUCUUGCUGUUGAAGCUAUUGUAAAAUCAACAGGACAAAAAAUUGAAGCAAAUUUCAGCUUCUAGUAUUUGUGUCUGAUUAAAUCUAAAUGAAGGUUUUUCGUAUCUUAUAUCAAAAACCGUGGACCAGCAUAUAAAGUGCCAUAUGCAUUGUAAACAUAGUUUAUUGAGACAGAUUCAUUGUACAUGUAAAGUACAGUAUAUAGUUUAGUUUGUUAUACUUGCUACAUGACACUAAGCGUGAAUUUCAUUAAUUACAUUAUAACUAUAGUUUUAGAUUCAUUACUGUUCAAAGGGCUGUAAAAAAAAAAUCUGUUUUAUAGAAUUAGAUUCCAAAAAAAUAUUAAUAUUCCCUUAUAUAUCAGUAUUAGUACCCAAAAAAAAAAACAUUCGUGUGAUUUUUUUUUACAAGUUUUAUAUUCAAUAGCUUGAUUUGGAGAACAUAAUAACGAAUUAUGACUGCUUCAUACUUAUGCGGUCAACUCAAAAUGAUUGCAAAAUAGUAGGCAGUGGUCCUACUCACAAAAUUGUAAUGGUAUAUAAGAAUAAGAAUAAGAAUAAGAAUAUUUAUUAUUCCAAUCAAGGGCCCUUGAUGGGUAACAUAACAUGUACACAUAAAACAAUACAUCAUGAUUUGUAACAGAAAAACAUUUUUAUAUAUUAAAAUGAAACAUUGAAGGUA